AUGACCGACUCUAACAACCGGUUUUCUCGUUGGACUUUUGAAUCCAACACUAUGGAAGAAUCGGUUGUUUGUUCUUUCAUCGAUAAGGCGUCUAAACAAGAUGAGAAGAAGAAGGGAAAGUCAGAACGAAAAUACUCGAAUAUUGACGAAUCACGAUUAUAUUCAAUUAUCAGAUUUUUACCAGGAACCUAUCCGACCGUUCUACGAGAUACAAAGAUCUAUUCCCUUUCACACAAUUAUUUUGAACAAUUCCUUAAAAUAUGGCGACUAUUUUUCAAUAAAAAUCAAGGUGUGAUUAUAAGUUUAAAUAUUGAUGUACAUAGAAAAUUAUUUGAAGAUAUUAAUUGGGGAUUUGGAGCAAAGAAAAUGAGUAUGUUGCCAAAUGCAGGAGGACAGAGUGAAUUGUCAGAAAUACUUUCUUGUGAAAUUGUGGAAAGGAUCUUGGGUGUAGAAUUAAACAAAACAGAGAUGGAAAUAGAUUACUUUUUCAUGAAUCAACCAAUGACCGAUUACCUUGUUAGCAAUCGAAAUUUAAGUCAAUUUGCAUUAGGAGUUUCAGUUACUCGAGCAUUCUCCUACCGUCGAAGAUACACCAAACAUGACGCAUAUCGAUUAUUAAGUAAAAAGUUAAGUGGAAUAAAUUCAUCAACACGAAAUAUUUUAAAUGUACGAAUAUGGAAACAAAUAUUACAUAUAUGGUGUCCGAGUGGAAGAGUAGCUAAUAUAGUACGAAAAGUUUAUUCAAAGUUACCAAAAGAAUUUACAUCGAAUACUAUUGUCAUGUUAACUGUAGUGAAUUGUAAAUGGGUUUUUACAAAUAACAAAGCAAAGGCAAACAAGGCAAACUUAAUAAUAAUAUAA